AUGGGCCAAUCUUCAAGCACGGAGUCCCAGGAAACAGCCACAUUCACCAAUGGCAAGCUUUCGCGGGGUGAAUUGGAGAGUGCGUUUAUUAGGGAAGUAACACGGUCCUUUCAACCAAUUGAACUGAUGUCGCUUCGAGAUAAUCUGGGUCUUCAAGAGUUGCAAGGAACAACUGUCGUUACGAUGAGACAAAUAACCAAUAUCAUCGAGCUUCCGGAGACACCGGCAACACAGGAUAUGACAAAUUGCAUUAGUUUCUUAGCCCGAUUUCCGAACUAUCGUACCGGCCCCGAUCUCAAUGUUGCAGGGGUGCUCAAAGUAUUGGCGAUCCUGAACCCGGAAAAGUUUGCUCAGCUAUUCGGUAAUAACACCCGCUACUUUCUCAUGCUGAUUUUUCUGGCAUUGAGCUUUGAUUCAAGGAACGAGUCAGAUCCCGAUAAGUCGGAGAAAAUACUUUGUUCAGAUGACCUGGUGGAUGUUGUUUACUUGCAAGAUAAGCUUCAAUGGAUGCUUAUUCCUCAAGUACAAUCAUUUGACGGUAUUGAAUUCUCUCAGUAUCCUUUACCGGCAUCAAAGCUUCUCAGGGUCUUGACACUGCUACUUUACAUAGCACCCAUCAGUCUGGAGGCUAAACACUCGCAACCUUUAGGAGCGCUUUUCCAGUUCGACGAUCUAAGUUGGCUAGAGUACGAAAAGAAGGCAAUGAACCUACUGCGUUCGUUUGACUUGGAUCUGACGAGCUCAAACUACACAUCUAAAAAAAUUAUAUUCUCCACGUUCGAGAAAAUCAUUGGUACUUCGUACUCCAACGGAACUAUGCCGAAUUUGCUUGUGCCACUACACCAUUUGCUGGAUUCACUGCUUUAUAGUACAAGAACGACUCUCCACGACAUUGAAUUUGCAGAUUCUCGUAUUCUGACACGUCCGAUGCUUUCACAGCUGGCUACCAUACUGCCCGACGAGCUUGUUUUCACGAGGCUCAAAAAACUAUUCGUGGGAGCAGAAUCUGGAUUUAGCAUGCGUUCCAUGGAAUCGAAAGUCUUUAAGUGGAACGCACCCACCAUACUCUUAGUUUCUGGUAAACUAAUCGAGAUGCAACCGUCAUCGGGGCCUGUCCCAAAAAACAAAAAAUAUGCCGCUUUUCUUACCGAAUAUCCUCGCUUUCACGCAUCGAACAACAACUCGCCUCAACCGCCUUCAGCCGAUGAUGACUCGUAUACAUUCAUGGUUUACCUACAAAAGCCAUGGAAAAUAAGCAACAGUGAAUGUUUCGGAGACGAACACUCCUUCAUCGCACAAUUAUCUCCCAGACAGAUCAUAUACCCGUCUUCUGCUUAUGCACAUAAUUACGCCUACUUCAACACACUUGGAGGAGGGCUUGGCUUUGGUAGCAAGCCCCCACUCAUCAAAAACAAUGUCCGGAUUUUCAAGCCAGGAGAAGUGUCGCUCACAAUUGAGGCUGCCAUGGAAAUUGCCUGCUUCCGUCACCUGGCUGUGCCAGGAACAUACAAAACCGGCUCAAUAUUUCCGCACAACGUGCCAGAGUUCGAAAUCAGCAUCAACAUCACCAACCUCGAAGUUUGGGGCUGUGGAUCUCAGAAAGAGCUCGAGGAACAGAAAAAGUUAUGGGAAUGGGAGAACCGGGAGGCAGAAGCAAGGAAGAAGCUCAAUGCUAUGCAUUGGGAUGAUGGGAGGGCGUUGCUUGAGAUGGCAGGUAUGAUAGGCAAAGAUCAAAGCGGUGGUAGCGUGUGA